AUGCCAGUUCUUAAAUUUGAUGCUGAGUCACUAGAAGGUAUCCCAAAAUCCUCCUGUUAUAAGCUUCCAUCAAAGACUAUGGAGGAAAUAGAACAUACCUGCCCUCAGCCUCAUACGACAUUCACUGAACCUGCUGCAUUUGCAGAUGAAACAAGCUGUCAGUGCAAGGCUCCCCACGAAAGAUUGACUAUUGCUCAGGCCCGUUUUGGAACACCAAUUGACAGACCAGUGAGAGUUUAUGCAGAUGGAAUAUUUGAUCUCUUUCACUCAGGUCAUGCUCGGGCUCUCAUGCAGGCCAAAAAUCUUUUUCCAAAUACCUAUCUACUUGUUGGAGUGUGCAGUGAUGACCUAACACACCAAUACAAAGGUUUUACUGUCAUGAAUGAGAUUGAGCGGUAUGAUGCCCUGAGACAUUGCCGCUAUGUUGAUGAGGUUAUCAGGGAUGCACCGUGGACACUAUCUCCAGAAUUUCUUGAAAAACAUAAGAUUGAUUUUGUGGCACACGAUGAUAUUCCAUACUCCUCUGCUGGAUCAGAUGAUGUCUAUAAACACAUUAAGGAAGCUGGCAUGUUUGUCCCGACUCAAAGAACAGAGGGCAUCUCUACAUCUGACCUUAUUACCAGAAUUGUACGAGAUUACGAUGUUUAUGCCCGACGUAAUCUUCAAAGAGGGUACACAGCCAAAGAGCUUAACGUUAGUUUCAUAAAUGAAAAGAAGUAUCGCUUCCAAAAUCAUGUUGACAAAAUGAAAGAAAAAGUAAAGAAUGUAGAAGAAAAAUCAAAAGAAUUUGUUUACAAAGUGGAGGAAAAAAGCCAUGAUCUUAUACAAAAGUGGGAAGAGAAAUCACGAGAAUUUAUUGGAAACUUUUUAGAGCUGUUUGGUCCAGAUGGAACUUGGAAACAAGUUUUCCAGGAGAGAGGUGGUCGGAUGCUGCAAGCUCUGUCUCCAAGACAAAGUCCGUCAAGUAGUCCAACAAGAGAACGGUCCCAGUCCCCAACAUUCCAGUGGCCAUUUACCAAAACUUCACCCCCAUCUUCCCCGAAAGUUGCUUCUGCCUCCAUCAGUAGCAUCAGUGAUGGAGAGGAGGAUGAAAAUUGA